GUGUUCUGCGACCAGAAGGAGUUCAAGGACUACGAACACCGUUUGCCGCUGACGUCGAUCACGCAUCUAUCGAUCGACGGCGAUCUCUACUUGAAUCAAGUGCACUGGGGUGGCAAAUAUUAUCCAGUCCCCUACGAGAGCGGCAUCGCGCAAGGAUUCGGCGUCGAGAAGACGCUGUUGAUCUUCGCGUGUCCCGAGAAGAAGGGAAAGCGCUUCAACAUCAACCUGCUCAGAAAGAACGGUGAUAUUGCGCUGCAUUUCAACCCGAGAUUCGACGAGAAGGUUCGCAAUUUUUAG